AUGCCCGUUUUCGUUGUGGAUGGAAAGCAGUACAAAGUCCCCUUCAAGACCCUGUUCAAAGGCAACAAAACCAUCUGCGACCAGAUAAUAGCUGAUAAGCGCGCAAGUACUGUUCUACCAGAGGUCACCUUGGAACAAGCCACGGCCACCCGAGCUUCAAACACAGCAUCUACCAAUGACCAGACAGAUCAAUGCUAUCGUUUUUGGACAGCGAGGGAAGACCGACUGCUCCGAGAACUCGUCGCUUUUCGGGUGCCAUGGAGCCGCAUAUCCAUCUCAUUGGGGAACAGACCUAUAGAGGACGUCAAGAAACGUUGGGACUAUCUCCGCAGUGGGAAAGCCCAGAGUGUCGAAGUUGGGGUCGAUGGCGCGUUCUCGACCGACGGGAUUCCCGUUGGCAAUCCGCAUUUGAAGAAAUUCGCGAGAACCACCCAGCCUGAACCCAAACCAGAGCGUCACGUUUCCUUUGCCGACCCACUUGUCACAGCAGGAGAUACUGAUGACGAAGAAGAAAACGGCGCCUCCCACCCACCGAAGACCAAGAAAGUGUAUUAUGUCGACGAGGAAUUCUCACUGGAGGACGUAGUCAUGUUGCACAACAUCGCAGCUAAAUGGGAACGAGACCGAUGGCUGGCCAUCAGCACCCGAUUCAACGACAUAACACAACGGAAAAUCACCCCCGAACAAGCCAAAUCAGUGGUUGACAAUUGA